AUGUACAGAUUAAUACAUCGAAGAUUAAUUUUCCAACAUCAGAAGACUUUACCUUUUAUACAUACUUGUAUACCAUGUCAAGGAAAAUGGGGGAAAAAAGUAGAAAAACAUAAAUCUGAUAUUAAAAAGUAUUGGUUUGAUAAAUACAUAGAUUACAUUAAAAAUUAUGAGCAAGUAUUGGCAAAGAAUUUUCCAAAAACAAUGCAUGUUUAUCGUGUAUUUAGUAUUGGUACCAAAGAUUUUAUUAUAGAUGUGAAAAAAUUUAUUUUGAUAUUAAAGAAACAAAACAUUGAUGGCUAUGAUAUGUUAACUACUGAGGAACAACGGUUGUCCUUUACAAUACGCAAAGAUUUAGUAAAGAUAUGCCCUGUGUUAUUAAUAUCUGCUAUUCCUUUUACAAAUUAUAUCAUCUUUCCUUUGGCAUAUUAUUUCCCAAGACAACUUUUAACUUCUCAUUAUUGGACAUUACAACAGAGACUUGAUUUUAUGUUGUUAGAGCAUAAGAAACGAUUACAACAUAACAAACCAUUAUUCAGAUGUAUGCAAGCAGAACUUCACAAUAUUGAAAACCAAACACUACAACUAAAGUGGAAUGGUGUCCUUGCAUGUCUUGGAAGUGGUACACAUCCACAUGUGAAAGAUAUUAUUGCUUGCUCUGAAUUAUUUGCUGAUCAACCAUUUUCAUUAGAUAAUCUUAAAAGGAAACAUAUAAACGAAUUACUUGGUAUACAUAAUAUAUCAUCUUGGAGGCCUUUUAAGAGAAUAACAUUAGAAGAAAGAGGUAUGCUAAUAAAGCAAAUGGAUCAAACUAUACAAAAGGAAGGUGGUACUGCAACACUUUCUAAUGAUGCAAUACGUUGGGCACUUUCAUUUAGGGGUGUAAAUCCUGCAAAUAUGUCAUUAGAAAAUAUGAGCAGCUGGCUGGAACAAUGGUUCAUAAUAUCAAACACAGCAAAUGAAAACACAAUUUCAUUACUAUUACAUAGUCCAAUAUUGUUGGCAUACAAUCAUCCUAAUAACUGGAUCCUUUUGUAUAGUUAAAAUAACACAAUUAAAUAUUUGUUUUUUAAAUUGU